AUGACGUCACUUGCUGACAAAGGUUUUGCUACACAGUGCGUAGAGAACUCAGAAACUCAAACUUUGCUUUUAAAAAAUACAUCAUCUAAUGAAAUUACUGAUCAUAAUGGUGUUGAUAAUACACAAGUCUGUGAUCAAACAAAGGGUUUUAUAGGAAAGGACAUUGUACAAAGUACUCUUGGUAAUAGUGAAAAUUACAAGGAGCCAGAGUUAUCUGAAAGAAUUGAAGCAGCAGUUUCAAUAAGUUCCAAGAAAAUGUUUGACGCGAACGACUUUCUUUUGGAAGAGUCCGUUGACGAGAACAGUUUUGUUCAAAACAAGUAUAAUGUUAACGAUUGUCCUUUUGAAGAUGAUGCGAGGACUAAAAACGAAUCUACUGAUGACAAAAGUCACGAGGUUCACGUGACUCAUUCAACAGCAGAAACUGAAACACGCACAAAUGAUGAUGAAAGGACGGAGGAAUUUGAACAUAAGGGGGGAAAAGAUACGGUAGUAGAUGUUGAAGGAAAAACAUUUAAUUCAAAGAACAAAGAUACGACUGAUGGAUGUGAAAAAAGUUCUUUUGAAACUCCUAAAUCCAUCCAUCGGAGUUCUUCUUCAGAGACGAAUAACGUCACAGAAGUUUCAAGAAGUGCGAGCUUUUACGACUAUCGAGUUCGUAAAGUAGAGAAUCCGGAAUUAGUGUCUUCAUCGUACGGUUCAUCGUUUAGCGACUACACAGAUGAUGAUAAAGACUUAAAUUUCAUUCCCGGCAUUCAUAGGAUGUCCACGAAAUCUAUUGCGUCAUCAUUGGAACGAAAGAGCAGUGGGGAAAGCGCGGUGUCAUUUGACAAAAAUGGUUUUCCGGUGUUUGAAUCGUCUCAUUUCACAAACUCUGCAAGUUUACAACGUUCAAGUAAUGAAGAAAGUACAAACAAGCAAAUUGUAGACGAAUCGGAUAUGUUUGAAGAUUUGUUGAAUGUCGAGGAAGAGCAUUUCUCAAAUCCAGAUAAUUUUGCCGGUCUUACUGCGAGUGAAGAAUUGGAGAUUGCCAUUGAACAUUACAAGAAAAUGAUCAUGAAGAGACAAGAAAAAUCUUUGCCAAAAGAUGAUCUCGUUGAUAAGUUGGUCAAGCUUCGUCUGCGCCUACAACAAGAGAAAGAUACUCCUCCUGUGGAUGAUACAAAGUUCCAUAAGAUUCUCGGUCAUCACUUUAGGAAGCAGGAAGGUUUGUCCGGUGUGAAAUACUUCUGUGAUCAAUGCGGCAAAAAUAUCUGGACCGUAUGGCAGCCUCUCUUCACCUGCAAAGAUUGUGGAUAUCAUUGCCAUCGCAAGUGUCUUGAUCAAAUUCAAAGAUCUUGUGUCAAUAAAAACCUGUCAACGGCGUCGUACAUUUUUGAAAUCUGUCCAGACGGCGGUCUCGAUGGUCAGCAGUAUAAAUGCGCAGAAUGUCGACGUCCAAUAGCUUUUUCGAAAAAAGAUUCCGUUGCAAGAAUAUGCGAUUACACUGGUCAAUAUUUUUGCGAUAGUUGUCAUUGGAAUGAUCAUACUAUCAUUCCUGCAAGGGUUUUACGAAACUGGGAUUUCACUCCACGUAAGGUGUGUCGUAGCACGAAACAAUUGUUGGAGCUUAUGAAAACCAAACCGAUGGUGAAUAUUCAAGAGAUAAACCCUCAGUUAUUUAGAUAUGUCGAGGAACUACGGGAGAUUGGGAAACUUCGUGAAGAUAUUCUUAUAAUGAAGAAAUAUUUUCUCACCUGUCGCGAGGCACUAGAGAGCAAACUUCUCAUUCAGUUAAAAAAGCGUCAACAUUUCGUCGACAAUGCAGACAUGUACUCAUUUCAAGACUUGAUUGAUCUAAAUAAUGACAUUCUCCUGCCCGAAAUCUCCAAAAUUCACGCCAUUUUUCUGGCGCACAUUAAAGCUGAUUGCGAUCUUUUCGAGCCAGAGUUUUAUAUGUGA